AAUUCUUAUAGACGACGCUACGGUAUCUCUUUCCAUCUCGGAUAAUUUUUUGGACGCGAAAAUAUAGGCUAUCUUCAGGUAGGAGAAUGUGGGUACAUUCACCAUAUUUGCAAUACACAUUCACCUUUAUUUGAAAACAGUUUUGCUCCCAUCUCGAUCACUGAAGUAACUUUUCACCAUACCAUAUCCAAUCUCGAUGCAUAGUAUGUUCACAAUGGCAUGGUAGAUGGCGCAUCAUACUUAAGAGUGAUCAGCGAACCUUACUUUGCAUUUCUCGUGUUGAUAUUUAUGACACUGCACGUCCUGACGUUGACGGUAGUUUUUAGGUUAGGGAGUACAUGUUUUAAUUCUCCUCCUAACAUUCUUUUUUAACAAUUUAUGUAUUCAUAAGUAAAAUGAUACCAGUUUUUGUAAGAUCUGUGAUUAUAGCUGCAGUUUUUGUACAAGGAUAUGCGUCUCAAUUGAAGAAAUUACAGAAAAACCACAGAACUCAACAACUUUCCAACUCUGAAAUUCGAUAUGUAGCUGGAUUAUCUAAUGUUAAAUAUACCAAUGAAGUAUUGAAUAAUAUACUGAUACCUAGAGUGGUAGGAACACCUAACCAUGAAAAAGUCUUCCAAUAUAUCAAAAAAGAACUACAAAACCUAGGAUGGAACACUGAUAUUGAUGAGUUUGAAAAUAAUACUCCAAUAUUUGGAAGAUUGAAGUUCAGGAAUAUCAUAGCAACAUUGAAUCCAAAUGCUGACAGAUACCUUGUACUAGCUUGCCACUAUGAUAGCAAAUAUUUUGAAAAAGAAGUUUUUGUCGGUGCUACAGAUUCUGCUGUACCAUGUGCCAUGCUCUUAAACCUGGCUAAAGAAUUGAAAAAUGAACUAGGUCAGCUGAAAGACAAUCGGAACCUGAAUCUGAAGCUAGUAUUCUUUGAUGGAGAAGAAGCAUUCCAUCAAUGGGGACCAAAUGAUUCUAUUUAUGGUGCAAAACAUCUGGCUGAAGUGUAUGGAAGCACUGUGAGCUCAAUAAAAUCUGGAGAAUCAGUAUCCGAGUUAGAGAAAAUGGAUAUGUUGGUUUUAUUAGAUUUGAUAGGUCACAGGGGAACCAAGUUCCUAAGUCAUUUUUCUCAAACUGAAAAAUGGUUUAUCAGACUUGCUGAGAUCGAAGACAAUUUGAGUAGCCUAGGUCUGAUGAAGAAACCAAAAAACCAACGAUAUUUUGUAAGAAGAGCUUCCCAUUCAUACAUUGAAGAUGAUCACAUACCAUUUAUGCAACGAGAUGUUCCGAUACUCCACCUGAUAUCAACUCCAUUUCCAAAUGAAUGGCAUACACCACAGGACGAUCGCAGCAUCAUUGACAUGAACACAGUGGAGGACAUCAACAAUAUACUAAGGGUUUUCUUAAUGGAAUACCUCCAUAUGUUAGUAAACAAACAGUGAAUAAUUCUCUUUUUUGUCUAUACUGAAUGAUCUGAUCUUAGUAACAGUAUAACAGAUAAGGCUUAGGCGAACAAAUAAUACUUAAAUUUAUAUCAAUUAGAAUUCACACUCAUUAAAAAGAUAAGUUGUACAGAAUUUAUGACAACUUUGAAUUACAAAUAUAUCUUUAAUAGAACGGUUUUUGUCGUUAAAUUAUAUCAGAAAACACCCGGCAACUCGCCUAUGAGAAAAAGUUAUUUCGGUUGAUAACGCUGAUUCUUUUUAGUUAUGCAUCUUGUCGUCCUUAGCAAAUGUCCAUAUGGGCACAGGCCAUUAAACUCACGGUGCCAUUGAGCAACACGUACAGCUACAAAACGGGUCCGCAACAAGUGUACAACAGCUUGUGCUUGUUUUUAAUUAAAUUCGCAAAAGCUACUUGACCAAUCGACUCCAAUUCUGUUGUCUUUAUUUAUAAGUAUAAAGCCUACGAAAUUGAAUAAUUUCAAGUAUCUGCAUGAAACUAUCGUCGAAUUACCAAGUGUGAAAACCUGCAUCUUGCCUCGGUUUUCGGACAUAACUUUUUUACUAUUAGUCGGAUCUUUUUACGUGUGGUCUCAUUCUGUGGGUCUCAUAAAUACCUAAAAAUCUUAUUUGAAGAGUUUUUUCUUUCCUGCCAACACUUUCCAUUGAAUCUCAAAAAAAAACCUUUUCUCAUUCUUUGUUGUUGAAUAAAAAGGUUUUCCAUUUUAUGCGUCCAUCAUUAAAAUACCCCCUUGAACAACUUGCAUCAAUAAAACCAGACUUUACAAUUAUUUCGCAAACCAGGGGUAUUUUCAUCUAAUAUGAUUAGACUAAUAGUACAUUCCUUAAGGACGCCAAAACGAAUAACAAAAAAAUCAUCGAAAUUAACCAAAACCACUUUUCUCAUAGGCGUGUUGCCGGGUUCUUUGUUUAUGCGAUCUUCAGAACAGCACCUAGUUGUAAAAAUUGUAUAUUGUCCAAUACAUAUCCUAGCUUAUUUUGUCACAUUUAACAUUUGUAUCCCUUGAUAAAAGUAAUUUAAAUUCGCCCUAUACAUAUACUUUUAUAAAAAUAUAGUAGCAAUAGUAUAGUAUCAAAAUAUUUUUAUAUACUGAAAAACUAACAACAAAUACUCUAUAGUUACCUGAAGGAUAAAUCAGAAGAGAUAUUCAUGGAGAAAGAGUUAUGAUGAAGCUUCCUGUAAGGCCAAACUGUUACUUCAAGUCUUUUAUUGUGAUAUCUUUACCUGCAUUUUUGCAUUUAAAAACUAUUGUUACGUACUUAUUGUUAGAAACAUUUUGUGUUAUAAAACAUUUUUAAAUAGUCGAGUAUUAUAAAAUUUCUUUUGUGUUAAAAUAUUCGAUUUUAAAAUGAUUUUUUGUGAAAAUAAAUAUGUCAUUACAAACUGUUGUUUUUUAUUGUAGCUUGUAGCAUCAGUGUCACAUAAAAGUGGCUGGUAAUAGUAAGAAAGGAAGACCAACAAACUUUAAAACACAGAUGACAUUAUUGUAUGAAUUAUAUGCUACUUCUAAGAUGUUUGUAGAUAUAAGAUAUAGUAUAUAUUUAAAAACAUUGUUUUCAAAGUGCUGUAAUUAAUAUGCC